AGGGGAGGGAUUUGAUUAGCUGUGGAGAAGCCAGAGACAGAAAAGACGGAGAUAAAGGAAGUGUGGAAGAGGAGAAGAAGGGAGUGCCAUAGCAGAAAUCAUCUCAAUUUCAUUUCUGUUCAUCAGCUAAGGAGUGUUGCGGCAAUGGCUGUACCAGCUAUGAAUUCAUUUAAGAUGGUCCUAAAGUUCCUCACCAAUCAGAAGACCACCAUUGGGUACAGCUUCAUGGCUAUUUUGACAAUAGGUAGUGAACGAAUUUUCGCCAUGGUGUCUUUCCAGUGUCCGUGCAACCGUAGACAGAAUUUUGCAUAUGGAUUAACUUUUCUGCUUGGCCCUGCUGUUGUCUUGCUGGUGAUUGGUCUCUUUGUUUGUACGCGUCUUUGGCGGUUAUAUACAGGGUGUUGUCUCAACCCUCUCAAACUCUGCCCCAGAGGUAACUUUGUGGGAUGCUUGCAAGUGCUUGUAAAAGUGCUGUCUGGAGCCUGCAUUGCCCCUGUCAUGUGGCUUAGUGUAGCACUGUUAAAUGGAACUUUUUAUGAGUGUGCUGUUAGUGGCCUGGAUGAAAAUGUGGUGGUGCAAAUUAUCUGCAAAAACAAGACACGUACAUGCCAGGACGAGUUGCACAGAGUGCCUUGCAGCAAGUCCCAGCUGCCUCCAAAUGAAAACACAGAACUGCUGUUGAUGUUGCGAGCCCAGUCACAGAUCCUCGGCUGGUGCAUCAUUAUCAUAUCGGCAACAGUAGCAAUAAUUGGGACUUGCUAUAAGAACUGUCGCUCUCAAGUGAGCUACCUUCAGUUAACUUUCCAGAAGAUCUACAUCGAGAAGGAAAAGGAAAAGUUUGAGUUGUUUGCAGAAGACUAUGCUACCAAACUGGCAGAAAGAAACCUCAAGAGUUUCUUUGACAACAAAAGUCCCGAACCAUUUCCCUUUCCACAUCACAAGGCAUGGGAGGAGAUCUCUACUAUAUACACUUUUAAGAAAAGCGAACAGUACUACAGCACACUGCAGAGAUACGUAGAGCGCACUGAUCGGGACUACAGCUCUGAGAAGCAACCUGUUCUGGAGGGGGAAGAUGGCAUAGAGAUGGACUGCUAACUGCUAAACUGGAAUUUUAAUAUGACCUGGAAGACAAAAAGCCACUGUGAAUCAAGACAGAAUUACAUUUUUGUUUGGUAGCUACAACCUGUAUUGACAGUUUUGGGAAAUUUUGUUUUGCCCACUGAGGAAGUGGUCAUAGUACUUUUCAAACUUCAAACAUUAUACAGUUUUAUACUUUUAUAUAAGUGAACCAACACAGAUCUCAGGCCCUAGAAAUGUUGACAGAGUUGAGUGACACUUUCAGUAACAACAUCCAAUUUGCAUACUACUUGAAUGUUGAAUUUCAUGUUUUACAAAGGCAAAAAAAAAAAAAAAAAAAAACUUAUUCUCAGGGCAUUUAUCAUUUAGGCCUUGUGCACUCUUUGAAUUAGUAGCUCUCUUGUUGAAUUUCAUGAUUUACAAUGGCACAAAAAAAAAAACCACUUAUUCUCUCAGGGCAUUUGUCAUUUAGCCCUUGAGCACUCUUCUGCCUCUCUACAUUUUAAAAUUUUCUUCACCAUAUCCUUAUGAAACAGACAGUGUGUUUGAUAAACUUUUAUUCACUUUUGUAAGACUUUUGUAUAGUAUUAAUAAGUAACUGUCCAGCACGCUAUUGAUUAAAAUCUACAAUAAGGUCACAUUGUAAUUAUGCCACCCAACAAAAUAUAGAACAUGUAAACCACAUUUCUUAUUUCCUCUGCAGGUUUCAAGCAAAUCUGACAAACAGGAAACCACAUUCAGUGUCCCCAACACUCAUUUCUUCAGUAGUUUAGACCCACAGAUCAGCUAUGAAAGAGCUCCUGUAAUCAAAAUGAGUUUAGCUUAGCAAAAAAAAAAAAAAAAAAAACAGGACCAAUUACUAUAGAAUGUCAAAAAUAUUACACAUAGUAAGGUUGUGGUUUCAGGCAUGUUUGUGGUAUGCAUUUCCUGCACUGUUGUGAAAGAGAAGUACAUAUACCAACAACAACUAUAUUAAUGUAUAUUAAACUGUUAUUCAAUGUAAGGCUGUUUAAAGUUAGUUGAGUGUGCAAAAAAAUAUUGCUUGGAAGAAACAAAAUGUAGCAUAACUAAUGACAUUAAAAUUGAGUCUGAGCCACAGAGCAUUGCCCUUGUGUACAAAGAUAUGAGAUAUAGUGGCUGACCUGGGUUUGAGCCCUUCCCUUUAAAUGCAAAGGCAAUGGCAAAAAAGUAGAAUUACAAUAACAAACACUCAGUCCAUCUGCCUCAACUGAUUUAAAACUAACAGACAAAUAAACAAAAUGUUUAUGAAUAUGCAUACAUAAGUUAUGCAUGUACAUACAGACAGACUGUUAAACUGUUUUUUAUGUUGUUUUGUGUUUUUGCAUUUUUGUACUGAAUGCCAAUACUUUUUGAGUUAGUUUCUUGCCUUGCUAUUUAUAUAUUUUAAUAUUUGCAAUUUUAUUAUGACUGUACAAAGGUUAUGAAUGUACUUUGACAGAAAUACUGAAAUUUUACCCUCAUCUACCCUGCUGAAAAAGGCAGUCUAGACCAUCCUAGUUUGUUCAGCUGGUAAAUUACCAAUUAAAUGUAUUUCUGGUUAAAAUUACAAGGUGAAGGUGUGUUCAUAAGCUUAGCCACUUCCAUUCUUUGCCAUGAUGGCAGUGGUCAAGCUGAUCUACCUGUAACAAUAACAGUGUCAGUCAGUGUCAGUAGCUACACUAUGGAAACCUGGAGUUCUAUACUUGGCCAACAGAACCUUUCACCAAAAAAAAAUGGUUCUAUGUAAGACCAUUUUGGGGUUCCAUAUAUGAAGCGGGGGUUAGAAUCAUUUGUGGCUCUAAAUAGAACCAUUUCUUUUAAGAGUGUACAGUACUACCUAAGCUAAAAUGAAUCCAGAAGCUAAAGUGUCCUAGAAUUUAUGCUGGUACAAACUGGUCUAAGUGGUUUCAGCAGGCUUGACAGGAUAGAACUGUAAACAAAACCAUAUCCAAAAUAAGGAAAAGCCUUUAUUUUUGUUCUUGUCUGUACAAUAAAUAAAUGCACAAGUAAUAAAACUACUCUACAACCAGUGUCAUAAAUAC